AUGGCGGCGGGUGGUGUCAUAGCAGAGAAUAUACCAACGGGAAGCCGAAAGCGAAAGCGGAUUCCGGAUAACGAUAUCGACAUUGAUGAGGGUGAUCGAUGCCGUGCGAAAGAUAUCGACGCACGUACUUAUCAGAUCGUGUCCCUUCGUCUAAGUGCCCCGCCGCUGAUGACCUGUUUCAUGUCGAAGUCAGAUGGGUCGCAAGGCGAUACUAAGGUCUGCCAGCCUGAGGCUGAGUGGCCGGGCGUUGUGUGGCUGAGACGUUCCCCCAACCUCGCCGUAGGGUUCGGAUUAGUUGGUGAAAAGGAAAAACGAACAACUAAAGAAUACAUUUCCUCAGGUACGAUGGAUUUUAUGCCACUCGAGCCCAUAUUACCGUCGCUGUCCGACGUUGUCCGCUGGCAGGGCUCACAGACAGCAUGUCCUGCACUCGACUCUCUCAUCCUCGAGUCCGAAAUAACAGUUCGACCAACAAGAAAUAACACUCCUCGAGUAUCACUCUUUGCCGAGGCUCCCCUAGCUUCCAGCUCAAUAACACCCGCCAACACCACUCGUUCCUCCUCCCGCCUCCGACCCCGCCACUCAGAACCAGCCGCGCCACCACCCACCACAAGCUUCCUCAACCCCCGUCUAGACAUAUUCGAAGAGAACGGACCCACCAAAUUCCUAAAUUUCGUCAAAGUGGUCUCAGCACGCGUAGACGAGAACGUCAAUGCGAAUGCUGCAAACGGGUCGGGAAAGAAAAGCUCAAAGAGGAAACAGAGAUCCGUGAGCGUGAGCAGCUUGACUGCUGCUGGGAUGUUGAAAAAGGGGCGAACCGAUCCGAUGACUGUGCAGCCGUCGUCGUCUUUGAGGAAUGAGGUGGGCUGGAAGGGGAAGUCGAGGGCGUUGAUUAGGUCCGCGUCUGCUACGACGUCUGGUUAUGACGACGACGAUUACUCGCUCAUGGACGUGGAUAUGAGCUUUGGGAGUGGUAUGGACGUGGAUGUGCCCCAGGCUUUCUUUCCUCCACCACAGACGAAAUCGGCAUCACAGAUAGAUAUGCCGCCACCUCCUGCGCCUCCCGUGAAACCAAAGCUGUGGGGUGCUGAAAGCGGAGAACUACGCAUGACGCGUUCGAGUGUUGUGUCCUCUUCCACCACCACGAAGCCAUCCCCGUCUGUGACGGGAGUGGCUUCUGCAUCCUCUUCCUCAAGGAUGAAUACUUCCUCCUCCUCUACAUCGCAAGCCUCCUCCUCUACAGCACGCCCGACUUCCUCUUCCUCUACAGCACGCCCGACUUCCUCUUCCUCUACAAAUUACCCAACAACAUCAUUACUGACGAGGGCCGGCACCUGGUCUUCCAACUCCAACUCCAACUCCAACUCCAGCUCAAGAACCACAACCUCACUGCCUCCAGCAACGCCCAAAUCCGCUACCGUCCUUCCUCCUCCUAGAACCCCAACAAAGAGCGGCUUGCGGUCAUCCUCACCUCGUCCUUCAAAGACCAGUGCGAAGGGUCCAAAUCCGAAUUCGAACGCUGUGCCAUCUAACGAAAAGGGCGCACCAAUACAAACGCGUCCACCGGUACAGGUCCAAACGCGUGCAGCACCAGCACCGGCACAAACGCGUCCUCAGCCUCAGGUACAAACGCGUCCGACAGGACAAACGCACAUACCUCCUCCUUCCCGUCCCUCUCCGCCCAUCCCUCCCCCCUCGUCAUCUCAACGCCCACCAUCAUCACAACACCCCCCAGCCCUCGGCAUGCGUCGGACGCACACGCUCCCUCUUCCGCCUGCUUCACAGUCGGGGGAGUUGCCGAGUAGGCAGAGGAGGUUCAAGCCGCCUUUGUUGGGUGCUCAUGGGAAUCAGGGUGCGCUUUUGUCGGGAAGUCAGGGUGCGAGGAAUGGAGUCGUUGGUGGUGGUGUGAAGAACAACGGUCCCUCUGUUGGUGGUGCCCCUGUUACAGUUACGAGCAGGAACGCUCCACCCGCACCUGCGCCACCGCCGUCGUCCUUCCCUUCCUCUUCCAGCGGGGACUCGCCACAACGUUGUGGUGGGUACCGGUCGUCCCCGAGCUCAGCGGACGAUUCGGAUGUCUGUGUUACGCCUGGUGUACCUCCAAAGCCGAAUUGUUCGAGUGUAACCUCGAAGCCGAUAGCCUCAAAAUCCAACUCGAAAUGUGCGCAACCAGACGAAAAUGAUGACGCUUCGCUGCUGAUGGUAGAAGACGACCCUAACGAUUCGUCGUUUGGGGAUAUUGAUAUGUCGUUUGAUAUGGAUGCGUUGGAGGAGACUAUGAAGAUUUUAACGCAGGGUGUCGUUGGGUUGGAUAACUUCUCGCUGGCUGGUCGUUGUCGCCUGGUGGCCUUGUCGUUGGCAAAGUCUGAGCCAGAUCACACGCACUUCGUUAUCCCUGCUAUCCCCAUCCUCAGGGCCAUCAACGUCCUCCCCCAUCUAUUUAUCUCCCGUACCUGUACUCACCAUCUCUAA